AUGGUGAAACUGUUAAAGCCAGUGCGUACUGACACUUGCAUAUUUGCCAUCCUUUACGGCUUGCACUUUGCGGCGGUGUUGAUGGCCAAAGAGACGGUACUGACACCGAUUUCAUUGGUUCCUGGAUUGUUGAAUCCAAUUUUGAUUUCGCACGAGCCAUCUUGUUUAACAUUUUUCUCUGGAGGGUUUGGGUUAGUUUUUGCCUUGCUAGGAAUUGUCACAGCCCAAGAAGUGGCAAUAUCUCGUACAAUUACUGCUCCUAUGCUAUUAAGUCCCCGAGGAAACUCAAUCCCUAUUACGGCUCCGGCUAAGGCGUGGUUGGCCGAGAUAGGAAGUUCCAUCUGA